GCCGGGAGCGGCCAAGCUUCUUCCUCCGGGCUCCGCCGCCUUCUACUCGUCCUCCUUCCCGGUGCUCCGUGCCCGGCCAUGGAGCUGGGGCAGGUGCCGCUGCUCUUCUCCCGCCUGCCCAUGUUCCCUUUCUUCGACCUGGCGCACUAUGUCGCCUCCGUGGUGGCGCUGAAGGAACAGCGGGGAGCUGUGGAGGUGUCAGUCCAGAGUCCAUUUGCCUGCUGGUUUAGUGCUAUGCUUUAUUGCUUUGGUGGUUCGAUUUUGUCCUCGUUGAUGCUUGCAGAACCUCCAGUAGCAUUUCUGGCCAAGGGCACAAAUAUUCUACUGGCAUCUUCAGUCUGGUAUCUGGUGUUUUACUGCCCACAAGACAUUUUCUGCCGGUGCUUUUCCUUUCUGCCUCUUCGUCUCCUGGUUGCAGGAAUGAAGGAAGUGACUAGGACUUGGAAGAUAACAGCUGGAGUUGCACAUGCAGACAGUCACUUCAAAGAUGCCUGGCUUGUCAUGGUGGCUGUGGGCUGGGCCAGAGGAGCUGGUGGUGGCCUAAUUUCCAACUUUGAGCAGCUGGUGAGAGGAGUGUGGAAACCUGAAACCAAUGAACUACUGAAGAUGUCCUACCCUGUGAAGAUAACUUUGAUAGGAGCAGUUCUUUUCACCCUGCAACACAGCCAGUACUUGCCAAUUGCAAGACACAACCUUGUGUUUUUAUACACCAUCUUUCUUGUUGUCUUCAAGGUAAAAAUGAUGUUGACAAGAUGUGCAACUUCUCCACUUGCUUCCCUUGAGGCUGCAUUAGGCCAUGUGCUUUUUGGCUUGCGAAAGGCACCUUCCAAAGUGAAGGGUGAAGGUGCCACAUCUUCCAACGGCUCUUCAGUCUGUGACGGGCCCUCUGAGCAGCACCAUGAUGGUGCUAAGAAAAGACAAGCAAAGAAAACAGAAUAAGUGACUUGAAAUCCUUUAUGGUCUUGAGCACUGAAGAUGUGUUUAUGCCAAAUUAGGCUGGCUGAGGUGUUUCUUUAGGGAAAUGCAUUUGUGAGGAGAGAACGGGACUGUGUUGUGGUUUGCCUUUGGAGUAUGUUAUGUAAAGUACUGUUCCUAUGUCUGAAUGCCCAGAUUGGAUUUGUAAGUUCAAACUACAGUUUUUUAUAGUACUUAUAAGUUUACUAAUUUUUGUAUUUAUGAUAACUUUAGGUGCUCACAUGCUAAAAGGGUAGUUUUGAAAUGUGACAAUCAUACUUGUUAUUUUUUCUGAUAUAUCACUUGUUUCACCUCUUCUUAUGUUUCAUUUGGAUAACAUUGAUUUGCACUGUCAAGUUUUCACUGUAGUACAUCCUAAAUAAGAAAGUCAUCAUCUGAGUAAGGCAUAAUCACAUUGCACUGUGUAAAACCAUAAAAAUGUACCACACUAAUGCCUUUAACUAAAAAAAUAACUGAAUUAACGUUG